AUGAGUUACUUUGUGCUGCACGUUUCAGCUAUUAAAAAAUUACAUUGGAAUUCGAUUUUUUUUCUCCAGUCGACUGAAUUUACCCUUGAUCAAAGGAUCAUUGAACGGAUAUCUGGAGUUGUCAAGGAUGCAGAACGCGUUGGUGACUGCCCUAUAAGUCGUAAACGUGCAUUACAAAGCAAGAAUAGCACACAAGAGCCCCCUGAUCUAAGCUUUGCAUCCGUCGAAGAGGAGACGUUGGAUGUUUUUGAAGCGGAAGACGAGGGAAUUCCAUGCCCCGUUGAAUUGAAAAGGGAUGAGGCUUUGGACAAGUCACUACAGUUGGAAAUGAUUAAGAAGGUUCAAGCGUCAAGAUACGCAAUGAUGAAUUCAAAACGGAAGAACUUACCCACUUUUGCCCAAAAACAGCUUUGCAUUCAAUUGCCAUUUAUCAAAAUUUUCUGGCAGGAGUUCCUCAAAAUGUUGGAUGAAAACCAGGUUGUAGUGAUAAGCGGUGAGACUGGCUGCGGUAAGACGACACAGCUGCCUCAGUACCUGCUGGAACAUGCCGUACUACAAGGAUAUGGCUCCUGCACCCGCAUUGUGGUCACUCAACCGCGACGCAUUUCGGCUAUCUCUGUGGCCGAGCGGGUGGCCACAGAACGAGGUCAGCGUCUGGGCGAAGACAUCGGAUAUCAGGCAAGCAUUUUCCUUUCACUUGUGUUCAUACUUCUUUUCCCGACAGAUUCGCCUGGAGUCUGUUUUACCCAAGCGGCCGCAGGGUUCCAUCCUCUUCUGUACCACAGGGAUAGUCCUGCAUCCGUCAGCCACGUGAUUGUGGAUGAGGUGCACGAGCGGGAAAUGCUCGGUGACUUUCUUGUAACUAUGCUCAAACGCAUUCUCCCCCUGCGGCCCGAACUUCGAGUCAUUCUCAUGUCGGCGACCCUUAAUUCAGAAGAAUUUGCUCAAUUUUUCGGUAAUUCAUGCACGUAUUUUCAAAUUCCAAUGCAUAAUCAAAGAAAUGGUUGUCCGCGUCUAGAGAUUCCCGGUAGAACCUUCCCAGUGGAAACGUUAUAUCUCGAGGACGUGCUCCAUCGCACUGGCUUUGAAAUGUCGCAGGAUGCUCUAUAUAGGUUCAAUAAAGGCAAUCAACGUAUGUCUCAAGCCCGUGCAAAUUCCAUUGGCAAUCCGUCCGUUACUCCAGGAAUUCGACAACACUUCAAACAGUGGCUAAAAGAAUCCACUCCCAGGCUUACACCGGGUAGUCGUCAAUUCCUCGAGGCUAUGGACCUUUGGGCCUGUCCACCGCCUGAACUGGUGGCUACGGUCAUCGACUACAUCAUCCGGACCACUUCCUCUGGCGCCAUUCUCGCCUUCGUACCCGGUCUUAGUGACAUAUUGGAUACAAUGAAGGCGUUGCGUGGCUUGGACUCAGCUCUGUACGCAGAGACACGGGGCAAGGUGAUGCUGCACGCUCUUCACUCCCGCCUUCCCUCCGCUCGUCAGCGCAUCGUUUUUGAGCCUCCUCCUGUUGGUAAGCGCAAGGUCGUCGUCGCUACUAACAUUGCCGAGACAAGGUAA